ACGUCAUUUCCGCAGGCUUAAACCGGGGAAAGUUGUUUCCUGAAGUUGACACUGCGCUGAUCAUUUCCACGCCUAAACCCUGCUGCUUCUACAAAAUGACUCCGAAAGGUUUCCCGGAUUUUUGAUAGAUAUGUUUUUUAUCGUCAGGUGAAGUCUGUCUGACGAGAAAAUGAGCUCCAGCGGUGAAGACACAGAGGCGAGCCUGCAGGCCCAGCUAGCCGAGUGCCGAGCUCAAGCCGAACACUGGCAGGGCGUGGCGACGAUCUGUGAGCUGAGCAAACAGGAGGAACUGGCAGAGCUACAAAAACAAUGUGAUCAAGAGAUCCAGUCUCUCCAGGAGGCUCUCAGAGAGACAGCAGCACAGUAUGAGGCCAGGAUAUCUGUUCUCCAGUCUCAGCCUGUGGAGUGGAGGAGAGCCAGUGGGCAGAGCAUGAUGAGUGGAAGGAAAGGCAAGAUGGAGGCAGAUGAAAUGAAUAGAACACACACAACCAACAGCCUGACAGAUGCCGAGGCCAUGGCGUCACCAGACAGAAACUCACACCAAUCAGCGGAGCUUGACACAGUGGCGGAGGGAGAAGGACCAUCGCUUACAACAGAAGGGUAUUUUUCACUGCGGCACUGCGACUCAGCCUCGCUGUCGUCGUUCUCCUUAGACACGCCGUCUCUGCCCAGAAAACUCAACGCACAGGACGACACUGACUCUCUGCUCUCCACUGGAACUUUGGUGCCUGAAGCCAUCUACCUGCCGCCGGCCGGACACAGACUGGUCACGCACAACGACUGGGAUUCACUAAAUGCUCAGGUGUCAGAGCUGCGAGUGGAGGUGAGUCGACUGCAAGCUGAGAAGCAGGAGCUGGAGAAAGAACUGGACACACAGACCAACCACACACACAAACAGGUAUCAAUGCUCCAGUCACAGGUCCACACUUCAGAGGCCCUUCUCCAGGAUCUGCAGAAAUCUUUUAGCCAAUCACAGAACGCUGUCCAGAGUCGGCUGGCAGAGCUGUCCUUUUCCCAGAGGAAGGUGUGCAGUGAGCUGUCCAGACUGAAAGGAGAGGAGGUCGAGGACCCUGAGCAACCAGACUCCAUCUCAUCAUUCCCAGCAACACUGCAGGGGGCACACAAUGAGGAGCGUCUCCGCAUCGAGAUUGUCAACCUGAGGGAGCAGCUGGACACCCGGUCAGAGGAGAACGAAGUUUUAGAAGUGCAGCUCUCCAGUCUGAAGACGGAGACAGAGAAGAUCCAGGCUCAGAAGGACCACUUGCAGGCUGAAGUGCUGGUCUGCCGCACUGAGCUAGAAGCCCUGCGGGUGGCACUGUCUCAUGUGCAGAACACCAACAAGGCCAUUGGUAAUGAUAAAGCGGCCCUGCAUCAACAGUGUUUGGAGCUGCGCAGCCAAGUGAUCAGUCUGCGCUCCCAGGUUGACACCAGCCAGACAGUACAGAGGGACUUCGUCCAGCUCUCCCAGUCGCUGCAGGUGAAGCUGGAGGUAAUUCGGCAGGCGGAGACUAUUGAACAAGUCAAAGAAAUCCUGGAGGGGGGAGUCAGUAAAGGUGAUUCCCCGCCUGCAGACGCCUCAUGAGUUACAGAGUCACACAGGAACCAAAGAGCAGCCCAAGAUAAAACAGCAGUGACCAGUAAGGACCAAUUAACCACCACCACAUGAGACACUGUCGUGACCACUGGGAUAUCACAGCCGGUGCUGUGAGCACAUCUAACAUUUGAUGGAUACUCCUACAGAGACAUUAUUUAUCUGUUCGUUUCCGAGGUGAUGGUUCGGUGUCAGUGGCCGAUACUGUUGCUUAGCGACCAAAGUGACGUUCAAUUAACCAUGAGGACACUUAACUUUUUUCACGCACUCUUUUUCUUACAUCCAGUAACAUGUUUAUUCCUCUACUAAUACACAUGUAAAUGUAUCUGUUGUUAAAACUGACUUGACUCCAGCAAAACACUCGACAUUCCAACACUUGACUUUUCACUGUAUCAGUAAUUGAUAUGUAAACUACGCAGUUAUCUUUCCAUGCAAACACUUUUUUGCAUCUUCUUUGUGAAGGAGGAGCUCUAACAGCAACGGAUCACAGUGCAAUAAUGAAUAAUAGGGAUACUAAGUAGAAACUCUCCUAAAUUAACUGCAUUUCAGAUGCAAUUUUUAUUACAUACUUUAAUUUGUUGUCUUUUUAUUUUAAUUAGCAUCAUAAACUAUUCCUGUUCUCACCACAACCAUAUUAGCUUCUAAGCUAAUUUAUGGAUGUGGAUUAGGAAAGAAACUAAGAAAAUAAUCAUGAAGAAAUGUGAAUAUGUAACAUCAUGUCAGUUUGUUUUGUGUUAAUAAUACAUAUUGAGAAGUAAAAGUAGGCUGUCACAGUCUUUUCUUCAACCUUUGAGUUCAUAAUCAAAUACUCUGAUAAAGUUUCUCAUCGCUGGGCUCCAUGCAGAGUCACUUUCAGGUCCAGUGUGUAGGAUUUAGGGGCAUACACCGGCAGAAAUGUAAUAUAAUAUUUAUAAUUAUGUUUUCUUAAAUGUAUAAUCACCACAACCUAAGAAUCAUUGUGUUCUCGUUAAUUUAGAAUGAUCUGUUUAUAUGAAGCAAGUCCAACUCCAUGGAGUCUGCCAUGUUGUUUCUAGAGUAGCCCAGAACAGACAAACAAAACCCUGCUUGGCUGCGUCCGCCACCGUAGUUCCCUUAAGCCCAGUUCAGACCAAGGGUUUGCGACAAGAUGCAUUGAAACAGGCAACUAAAGAGCAUCUGCCAAAGCUAGCGAACACGCCGUCUACUGUCAUUUUGGCUUAGCCAAUGGACUUCACUACAAGUCGACUGGCUGUAGAAACAGGUGACGUGCUUUAUGUUCUAAAACCAGCCGCCAACGAUUUGAUCAGCUGAGGUACAGGUGACACAUCAGCCGGCUUGAGUCGAGCUCCGACCGGCCAGUUCACACUGCUGCAACUUUUCUCUGCAGCAUUCUAAAACAGUUUCUUCUUGUCGCGAAUCUUUGGUCUGAACUGGGCUUUACAUGCUUGGCACACAGGAGAAGCUUCAGUUGGAUGCACUCUGCAACAUUACCGCUAAGGUGCCGCUAAAUCCUGUACACUAGAUCUUUGAUAUGAAAAAGCAGUCACAGGAAAUCUAUAACAUGGAUAUGCACAGUAAUAUAUUUCUUUACACUGUCUAAUUUAAUAAAAUAGAUUUAAUAUACU